GUUGCUCUCCCAGCGAGGAUUCAAGCAGGCAAGAUGGCGUCGAGUGACGGGAAGCUCGGGAGUUUAUUCGACCACCACGUUCAGAGGGCGGUGUGUGACACGCGGGCCAAAUAUCGGGAGGGCAGACGCCCUCGCGCUGUCAAGGUAUAUACAAUCAAUUUGGAAUCGCGUUACUUACUAAUACAAGGAGUUCCUGCUGUGGGAGCAAUGAAGGAAUUAGUUGAGCGAUUUGCUCUGUAUGGUGCAAUUGAAGAGUAUAAUGCCCUAGAUGAAUACCCCGCAGAAGACUUUACAGAAGUUUAUCUUAUUAAGUUUAUGAAUUUACAAAGUGCAAGGAUAGCCAAGAGAAAAAUGGAUGAACAGAGUUUCUUUGGUGGAUUGCUUCAUGUGUGCUAUGCUCCAGAGUUUGAGACAGUUGAAGAAACUAGAAAAAAAUUAGAAGAGAGAAAGGCUUAUAUAGCAAGAACUACUAAAAAUAAAGACUACUGCAUGACAAAGAAGAAACUGGUUCCAGAGCAUAAAGACACAAAAGAUUUUAGACAAGACUUGCACUCAAAUAUAUCUGGACUUCAUGCAGCUGCUCUGAAUACGUCUACCGUGAACUCAAGUCCUUCUCUUCCUUAUUCUUGUGAAUUACCUUUAUGUUAUUUUGCCUCAAAUUGUGCAUAUUCAUCCAGGGAGCAUGUGGACAGAGCAUCAAACUUCUGCAAGGAUGGUAGAAGCCAUAAUGAAACUGUGAAGCAUUGUAACCACAAUGACUCUUCACAAAAAUUACAGAUGAACGCUUUUAAAAAUGCCAUACCUUGUUCUGAUGCACAAAAGGCCAUUACUUCUUCAGAGGCAAUUGACAGAUUUAUGCCUAGAACAACACAAUUGCAGGAGCGUAAAAGAAGACGAGAAGAUGAUCGUAAACUUGGAACUUUCCUUGAAACAAGCACGAGCAGUAAUGAGGUUAUGAUUGGGCCUCAGUUGCCCAACAUACCUAAAGUGGACCUGCAGGAUGACUCCUUGAAUACCACAGCAAACUUAAUUCGGAAUAAACUGAAAGAGGUAAUUUCAUCUGUGCCAAAACAUCCAGAGGACAAGUUGGAAGAUGUGCAUAUAAGUUGUCCAUUAAAGCAAAGAAGAAGAAUAUAAAUUGCUAGUAGCAAGUUGGUAGUUUCUAAAGAGAAUAUUUAUUUUUAGCCUAUUAUUUUAAUUCUUUGAGAGAUUUUACUAUUAUUUUUAAAUGCACUUCUUUUUGUAAUUUCAUUCAGACUAUCUGUCUAAAUAGCUCCAUCUUUGAUCCAUACUUAAUAUUGCAGAAACUGUUCUUGUCAUAUAGCAUUAUCUCACAGCACCUAUAUGAAAACCAAUUGAAGCAAAUAUAAAAGCUGCAAUAAAAAUAAAGAUAGGUAACCGUUGGAUCUGUUUCUGAUUUUAAUGUAACUAUUAAGCAGUUUACAUUCAAAUACUAGAAGACGAGAUGUUUCUGAAUACUAGGGCUUCAAAAUGAAAACAAUUCUGUAAAGUAAAAAAGAAAACUGUUAGAACAAAGUUGAAAAUAGAAGCUUACAAUGCUUUUGGUCCUUGUAAGAAGAAUACUUGAUUUAUGGCAGUUGAAAAACAAAUGAGUUUUAGAAAAUAUAGCUUCGUACCACUCCAGUUUUGGCAUAUCC